UUUGAUCCAAUGGCAAGCCAAAGCUCUGCAACCAUAUUAUCGCCAAUGAAACGACAUGUAGUCGUUAUGGCAUUCCCGUUCGGCUCCCAUCCACUUUCUCUCUUCAAUCUACUAAAAAAGCUAGCAAUUUCAUCUCCAGGCACACAAUUUUCUUUCUUGAACACCAAGAUAUCAAAUGAUUCUCUGUUUCUUGCAUCUCAAGUAAACAAUUUACCUCGUAAUGUAAAACCAUACAACGUGACGGAUGGUUCUGUCUUAGAUAAUCAUGUCUGUUCCGAACAUCCUGAAGAUAUGGUGGAGCUAUUCAUGAAAGCAACACCGGAUAAUUUCCGAGUUGGAUUAGAAAAGGCGGUAGCAGAAACGGGUCGAGUUAGUUGUUUGAUAACAGAUGCAUUCUUGCUUUUUGGAGGUGAAAUUGCAGAGAAUUUGAAUAUUCCAUGGAUUCCGGUUUGGUUGCCCGUACCGAUUUCCUUAUCGGUUCACAUAUAUACUGAUAUAAUACGUCAUUAUUACUAUAAUGACGACAUUCUGAAAACUAUUCCAGGGUUAGGUCAAAUUCAGAUGACAGAUUUACCUCAUGAAGUUUUAUCAAAUGAAAAAGAAGAAACCCUACUGCUUUCUUGCAUGCUAAGGCAAGUUGGAUCGGUUCUUCCACAGUGUACUGCUCUUGUUAUGAAUUUUUACGAAGAGCUUUACCCUAAAGACUUAUUAAAUGACCUUAAAUCAAAGUUUUCAUGUUUGCUUAACGUCGGUUUCGUAAACCUAGAACUCCCGCCUCCACUAUCCGAUACGGAUCAAACCGGAUGUCUGUUGUGGCUGGAUAGCUUGGAAGCCAAGUCAUCAUCAGUUGCAUAUAUUAGCUUUGGAACCAUGGUUAGUAUUCCAAGUAAUGAAAUAAAAGAACUAGCCGAGGCACUUGAAGAGAGCAAAAUUCAUUUUCUUUGGUCAAUUAGGGAUAAUUUAAGGGACCAAUUACCAGAUGGGUUUCUUGAAAGGACUAAAUUGAAAGGAAAGUUAGUUUCCUGGGCACCACAGACACAAGUUUUAGCACAUGAUUCGAUUGGUGUUUUUGUGACACAUGGUGGGAGUAAUUCUAUGUUAGAAAGUAUGACAAAUGCAGUUCCGAUGAUUUGCCGGUCAGUUUUUGCUGAUAGUAUGAUAAAUACAAGGAUUGUGGAGGAGAUUUGGGGGAUUGGUGUGAGAGUUGAUGAUGGCGUGUUCACCAAGAAAGGUUUAAUCAAGAAUCUGGAGAUAAUCUUGAAUGGUGAAGAACAAGGAAGAAGAAUUAGAGAAAAUGCAUGUGCCAUGCAACAGCUUGUUUUCAACGCUGCUGAAGCCGAUGGACGCGCGAAUAAAGAUUUCAAGACUUUGGUCGAUAAGAUUUCACUAAAUUAA